AUUGAAAGAUGAUGAUAGUGGAGACCAUGACCAGAAUGAGGAAAAUAACACACAGAAAGACAGUGAGAAGGAAAAGAACGAUCGAGAGAAACCACAGAGUACAACCAAGAGGAAGGCUGUUGUCCCCGGGCCAGCUGAGCACCCCUUGCAGUAUAAUUACACCUUCUGGUACUCCAGACGAACCCCCGGGAGGCCCACCAGCUCGCAGAGUUAUGAACAGAACAUCAAACAGAUCGGCACCUUUGCCUCCGUGGAGCAGUUCUGGCGGUUUUACAGUCACAUGGUACGUCCUGGGGACCUGACGGGCCACAGUGACUUCCAUCUUUUUAAAGAGGGCAUCAAACCCAUGUGGGAGGACGACGCCAACAAAAAUGGUGGUAAAUGGAUUAUCCGUCUGCGGAAGGGCUUAGCAUCGCGAUGCUGGGAGAAUCUCAUUCUGGCAAUGUUGGGAGAACAGUUUAUGGUGGGGGAAGAAAUCUGUGGGGCAGUCGUCUCUGUCCGAUUCCAGGAGGAUAUUAUCUCGAUAUGGAACAAGACAGCCAGCGACCAGGCCACAACAGCCCGGAUACGUGACACGUUACGAAGAGUGCUCAACCUACCUCCCAACACCAUCAUGGAGUAUAAAACACACACCGAUAGCAUCAAAGAUAAUUCCAGCUUUCGAAACACCAAAAUCACGUUGUGAGAACCAGAGUUGGCACUAAGCUCCUCUCUUUGUGUUGAAAGCACUGAGGGGUCUCCACCAGUGCCCUCCGACCUCUGAAGGGACUCAUGGGCCACUCUCUCGCGCUCCUCCUCGGAAGGAUCCAUCCGAAGCCCUCCAGCAGCGGUGACAAUAGAGGCUGAUUUGUCAUACACAAGCUUUGUUUUUAGCCGUGGGGCGGGAGACCAACCUUUCCAAGUUAGCAGCGUGCCCUCGGGGACACAUCUUGCAGCACUUUUCCUCUCUUUCUCUACAUGGCAUGCAGGAUCCCUGGGAUUCUGCCUCAACAUCAGAGCCUUUUGCUGAGGGAUACCAGUAUUAAAAAUCUCUCUGCAGCUGGGAGGAGCUUCCCAGGCGAGAGUCAGCCCUAUGGUUUUCAAAUGCCCCCUUCCAGCUCUGCCAAUAAAUUAUUGGGUCUCUUUGUUUCU